AUGAUGACUAAUUUCCAGUUAUUUUCAUUUGACAAUACGAAACCAAUCAUUGCGCUUGAUUGCGAUGGUGUUCUUCUUGACUAUCAAGCAACAUUUCCACGAAUCUAUAAGAAGACUUUUGGAAAACAAUUGACUCCUAUCUCACCAAAAUCAUAUCAUGCUACUACCAGAUAUGGUGUCACACUUACGCCUGAAGAAAGAAUUCAAUUUGAUGCAAUUUGGGAUAUCGAUGGAUGGCGGACAAUGGUCAUGCAUGAUGGUGCUCUUGAAGCUUGUCAGUUAUUACAUACAGCUGGUUAUGAAUUAGUAUGUGUUACACAAUUAAGUUCUUGUUUUCUUGAACAUCGUUUGGAAAAUUUUCGAUUACAUGGUUUUCCUAUUGAUAGAAUUAUUAGUACAAGAUGUGACGAAAACAAUUCUACCAAUAAUCCAAAGAAACAAGCUAUUGAACAAUUACAGCCAUUGAUUUUUGUUGAUGAUAAAACAAGAAAUUUCAAAGAUAUCGAAGGUGUGCAAACUAAAUUUGUAUUUAUUGAUCAUGAAUUCUAUGAUGAUCCACAUCGUAAUGAAAAUAUACAUUAUGAUGCUAAAUAUUCAAGUCUCUUGGAAUUUACUAAAGAUUUCUUGAGAGAUGAAGUUAUCUGGUCGAACAGAUUAGAUAAUUAA